GUGAGUAGAGUUAAGUCCCCAUCAGGACUGCGGCUGAUCAACUUUAAUGAAACUGCUUGUAUCCCUCUGCCGUCUAUCAUUUUCAUGUUCCUGGAUACAUGUACACCCUCAAUGCCUCAAGGUGCAGAUCUUAGCUGUUGUAAGAACACAAGAAUCAGGUGUAAUGAAAGGGCAUUUGAAGAAAUUUAUCAUCUUGAACCAAUUGCACAGGAACAUGACACGUCGGAGAAUGUUGAAGACUCACAUGAUGACAUUGACAGUAUUCUAGAUGAUAUUAAAUGUGUUCAAACUGAUGAUUCCGAAGUGAUUGCAUUACCCGCGGGCUUAGAUAUCCAUACAAUUUUGACAAAUAUUUAUGUGCAAGAUGCAGAGACUACAGUACAAAAACAAACAAAUUGUGUAAUUGAUACACUUUUGACCGGAAAUUUUGACUAUGAUAUCCUAGAUAACUUUAGAGAAAAUGAAAUUGUAAUUGGUGCAACUUCAUCCAUUCCCCAGACACUUGUAGAGACAGCUGUCAAACAGAACAUUUCAACAGGUCUUACAAAUAUAACAGACAAAAUGUUUCUUUUCUUCAUGUCUUCACAGAGUGUUGAAGUUCUUUUAGAUGAAAUGACUGACAGAGUAAAUGCUAUAGAAGCUUUACACAAAGUUUUGACUGAGAAAUUCAUGAUGGUGAUGUUAAACCAGUACAGAAAAGAUAUUCUUUCAUGUUAG